AUGAUGUUGAUGUUUGCUUUACUAUUUAAGGGUGUUGCUGAUAAAUUAACUUGUACUUCUGUAUUUAAAAAUUACAGCUUCUUCCCCCUAGUCAAAUUCUUUACCAUGUUGUUCACAUUUCUGUGUAAUCUGUGGAAGCGCAGUGUGUUAGUAAUUUGCAUUCUAACUGAUGCUAAUGUGCUGAUGCUCCCAAUCAGUGGCUUACAAAAGUUUAAGGAUUAUGUAUUUAUUAUUAAAGUUUCAGCUAAAAGGCAUAAGAAGAGUCAGACUUGGUGUGAUGGCUUUGUGAACACCACAAGCCUCUUGGUGAUGGUUAGCUUCUUUAGGUCGUUGAAAUAA